AUGGUUGGGUCUCUUGAAGAAUUGUACUUGGCUGGUUGUAAUCUUGAUUCCCAUACUUCGCUUCUUACUAAUAGUAAUAAUUUCACUUCCCUUUCCACACUCGAUCUUUCUCACAACAAAUUCGAACCAUCCUUACCUCGCUGGAUUCUCAGUAUCACCACCCUGGAUUCACUUUCUUUAUGUCAAAUUGAUUUGUCGAACAACGAGUUGAAUGGAAGUCUUCCCGAAAGCAUUGGUCACCUUUCCAUGUUAGAAAGCUUUUUCAUUUCCAGUAAUUUUCUGGAAGGAAUCGUCUCAGAGGCGCAUUUUUCCAAUCUCGCAAACAUGAUUUAUCUGUAUGCAUCAGACAAUUCGUUGUCCAUGCACGUGAGUCCAGAUUGGAAUCCAGUUUUCCAGCUUGAACAAAUGGAAUUAAGAUCUUGGAAACUCGGCCCCAAGUUUCCUAGUUGGCUUCGAUCUCAAAACAGGCUGUUGGACUUGGACUUAUCAUGUGGUCAAAUAGCCGAUAGUGUUCCUUAUUGGUUUUGGGAGUUAUCAUCUCAUUUUAUGUACUUGAAUCUUUCUCAUAACCAGCUUCGUGGUGAGAUACCAAACAUAGCACCAACAGUAGGUGCUAUUCACUCAGUGAUGUACUUGAACUCGAACAAAUUCAGUGGUUCAUUGCCUUUAUUCCCUCCAAACUUACGUGAGUUGGAUGUUUCAAGGAAUUCAAUUUCGGGUAACAUCUCAAGAUUCUUAUGUGACAAGCAAUCACAUGAGUUGAAAAUCCUUCACCUAGGAGACAACUUAUUCUCAGGGAAAAUCCCAAAUUGCUGGAACAAUUGGCUGCAACUGGAAGUGCUAAUGCUUGGAAACAAUAAUUUCACAGGGAGUAUACCGAUAUCCAUUGGACAUCUACAAGGCUUACGCUCCUUACACCUACGCAACAAUAGCUUCACAGGAGUCAUCCCUUUGUCUUUGCAGAAAUGCAAGAAUUUAACUAUGAUCGAUCUUAGCAUAAAUAAUUUUGUGGUCCCUUACUCUACAGCCCCUCAUGGAGACGCACAUACUUUAGAUCUCUAG